CUCCUUGCUUUGUCUUUCAGAGAUGUAGAUGGCAGCUGCUGCCGUUGAAGGACUCGCACCCAUCUGACCCUGCGCGGCACCUCCGACUGCUACCAUGAUCUUCUGCAUGCUGCUGUUGGCCUCCCUGCCUGAGCCAUCUGGUGCAGAAGUCAACCCUGCUAUCUGCCGAUACCCUCUGGGCAUGCACGAGGGGACGAUACGAGAUGAAGACAUCACUGCCUCCAGCCAGUGGUAUGAUUCCACAGGACCCCAGUAUGCAAGGUUACAAAGGGAAGAGGGGGAUGGAGCCUGGUGCCCAGCUGGCUUGUUGCAGCCAGAAGAUGUCCAGUUCCUGCAGAUUGACCUGCACAAGCUGUUUUUUAUCACGCUGAUCGGGACUCAGGGCCGACACGCUCGUGCCACGGGCAAAGAGUACGCGCGCGCCUACCGCAUCGACUACAGCCGCAACGGCGAGCGCUGGAUCUCCUGGAAGAACCGCCAGGGCAGGAAGGUGGUUGAUGGCAACAUUGAUACUUAUGAUGUGGUCUUGAACGAUCUCCGUCCUCCCAUCAUUGCGCGGUUCAUCCGGGUGAUCCCUGUGACAAAGAUGCCAGUGACUGUCUGCAUGAGGGUGGAGCUUUAUGGCUGUGUCUGGUAUGAUGGUUUGGCAUCCUAUAGCAUCCCUGAAGGAGGGACAAUAGCUGCUCCUGGCUUCCCCAUCGUUUAUCUCAAUGACUCCACCUAUGAUGGCUACCAGGAGCGCAGGCAUCUAUAUGGAGGACUGGGCCAGCUGACAGAUGGAGUGCUGGGGCUGGAUGACUUCACCCAGAGCCACCAGUACCGUGUGUGGCCUGGCUAUGACUACGUUGGCUGGAAGAAUGAGAGCUUCAGCACAGGUGCUGUGGAAAUGGAGUUCCAGUUUGACCGACCACGGAACUUCACCUCCAUGAAGGUGCAUUGUAACAACAUGUUCUCCAAGGGGGUGAAGAUCUUCCAGAGGGUGGAGUGCCUGUUCAAACCACGGCUGAUUGCAGACUGGGAGCCUGAACCUGUGGGAGUGGCCACGGUGCUGGAUGACAAGAACCCCAGCGCCAGGUUCGUGACUGUGCCCCUCAGCCAGCGCGUGGGCAAAGCCAUCCUGUGCCGCUUCUACUUCGCUGACACCUGGAUGAUGAUGAGUGAGAUUUCCUUCCAGUCAGACAUGGAGACUGUGAAUCCCAAUUUCGUUACAGUAGCCACAAGCACUGCAGACCUUCUGGAAGCAGAGUACAACGUUACUGAGGGGACCUGGGAAACCACAUCUUCUGUAACCAGCACCUGGAUAGGAGAGAAGGCUGAUGACUCCAAUACCUCCAUCCUCGUGGGCUGCCUUGUGGCUAUUAUCCUGCUGCUCCUGAUGAUUAUAAUCAUUAUUCUUUGGAAGCAAUAUGUUCAAAAAAGGCUGGAAAAGUCCCCACGGCGCAUCCUGGAGGAAGAUGCCACCGUUCGCCUCUCCUUCUACAGCUACACCAUUGCCAACAACCAGACCCAGAUCCAUCAGUCAAAUCCCACCUAUGAACGUGCUUUCCCACUGGAUUUGGAAUAUCACCAGCCAGCUACACUACUCCAAAAGCUCCCAGAGCUCUCCCAAAGUGCAGAGGAUUCAGUGUGCAGUGGGGACUAUGCUGAGCCCGACCUGACCAAGUCCACCCCUCACCAAGGCUUUCAGAACAAUGUCCCUCACUACGCCGAGACAGACAUCGUCCACCUGCAAGGUGUGACUGGCAACAACAUGUAUGCAGUGCCAGCCCUCACUGUGGACUCCCUUACCAAGAAGGACAUCUCCGUGGGUGAAUUCCCACGGCAGCAGCUGCGGCUCAAGGAGAAGUUGGGAGAAGGACAGUUUGGAGAGGUGCACCUUUGUGAAGCUGAUGGCCUGCUGGAAUUCCUGGGAGUCUCUUCCUCAGAAUUCACUCACCAGCCAGUCCUUGUAGCAGUGAAAAUGCUGAGAUCAGAUGUCAACAAAACAGCCAGAAAUGAUUUCCUGAAGGAGAUCAAGAUCAUGUCACGGCUGAAGAACCCAAAUAUCAUCCGGCUCCUGGGGGUGUGUGUGCGUGAUGACCCUCUGUGCAUGAUAACAGAGUACAUGGAGAAUGGAGACCUCAACCAGUUCCUGUCACAGAGGGAGAUCUACAGCAAAUUUGCCAUUUCAAACAAUAUUCCCUGUGUCAGCCACUCCAACCUGCUGUACAUGGCCACCCAGAUUGCCUCUGGGAUGAAGUACUUGGCAUCUCUGAACUUUGUGCACAGAGAUCUGGCAACUCGGAACUGUCUGGUGGGGAACAACUACACCAUCAAGAUUGCAGACUUUGGCAUGAGCAGGAAUCUCUACAGUGGGGAUUACUACCGGAUCCAGGGAAGAGCUGUGCUGCCCAUACGCUGGAUGGCCUGGGAAAGCAUCCUGCUGGGCAAGUUCACCACAGCCAGUGAUGUCUGGGCAUUUGGGGUCACCCUCUGGGAGAUGUUUGUCCUGUGCAAGGAACAGCCUUACAGCCUCCUCUCGGAUGAGCAAGUCAUUGAGAACACAGGAGAGUUCUUCCGGAGCCAGGGUAGGCAGAUCUAUCUCUCCCAGACUCCUCUGUGUCCUAACCCUGUGUUCGACCUGAUGUUGAAGUGCUGGAGCAGGGACAUAAAAGAUCGUCCCACCUUUGACAUGAUUCAUCACUUCCUGCUAGAGCAAAUGGAGUCAAACAUUUGA